CACACACACACACACUCUCUCAGAGCCCACGCCAACCCUCUCUCUCUCUCUCUCCCUCCCGCUCAUCAAUGGCUUCCUCUUCUCUGCAACUCCUCCUCCCCCCCGUGGUCCUCCUCUUCCUCCUCAUCGCACCCGCCGCCGACUCCCUCACGUGCUCCUCCCAGAAGCUCACCAACAACGCCCUCUACACCACCUGCCUCGACCUCCCCGCCCUCGCCGCCUCCCUCCACUUCUCCUACGACGCCUCCAACUCCUCCGCCGCCGUCGCCUUCGUUGCCGCCCCGUCCACCGGCGAGUCCGGCUGGGUCUCCUGGGCCCUCAACCCCACCGCCACUGGCAUGCUCGGCUCCCAGGCCCUCAUCGCCUUCCGCGACGCCGGCGCCAUGACCGUGAAGACCUACAACGUCUCGUCGUACGCCUCCGUGGAGGAGUCCCCGAUCGCGUACGAGACGUGGGACCGGACCGCCGAGUACAACUCGGCCGACGGCACGAUGAGGAUCUACGCGAAGAUCAAGGUGUCCGCAGCCGAUGCGGCGAAGCUGAACCAGGUGUGGCAGGUGGGGUCGAGCGUGACGAACGGCGUGCCGGACAAGCACCCGAUGGGGCAGGGCAACUUGCAGUCGAAGGGUACGCUCGAUUUGGUCGCCGGGCAGAGUACGAGCAGCGGAGGCGGUGGAUCCAGGACCAAGAAGAAGAAUAUCCAUGGAAUUCUCAAUGCUGUGAGCUGGGGGAUCAUGUUCCCGAUCGGAGCCAUGAUUGCGAGGUACGUGAGGACCUUCCCGUCCGCCGACCCGGCGUGGUUCUAUCUCCACGUCUCUUGCCAGUUCUCGGCCUAUGUGAUCGGGGUCGCCGGUUGGGGAACCGGCAUGAAGCUGGGCAGCGAAUCUAAGGGAAUCCAGUACCACGGUCACCGGAAUAUCGGGAUCGCUCUCUUCUCUCUGGCGACGGUGCAGAUCUUUGCGUUGUUCCUGAGACCGAAUAAGGACCACAAGUACCGGUUCUACUGGAACUUCUACCACCAUGGCCUCGGGUACACCAUCCUUGUCCUUGGCAUCCUCAAUGUGUUCAAAGGCCUCCACAUCCUGCAGCCGGACAACAAGUGGAAAUCAGCGUACAUCAUCUUCAUAUCGGCGCUGGGUGGAGUGGCCGUGCUGUUGGAGCUGGUGACGUGGAUCGUCGUCCUGAAGAGGAGGUGGAGUAAGCCCACGAAGCCCUACGAUGGGUACAACAACGGACAAGAGAGGCAACAACCGCUCGCCAUAUAACCAACGAAGCAGAGCACCAGUAUCGAUUUAGGUUAUGUAGGAUCCGCUGCUCCUCGCGUACAGAAACCCUCACGAGCCUUCUUAUCUACUGCAGAAUCUUCUCUGUUUGUUCCUCAUGCGUAGCUCUAGCCUGUAUAAUGAGACUUGUUUGACGCAGGGUUAUUUUUUGGUAAUAUAUUGCACAGGUGGUUUGGU